AUGGAAGAUGGUGACAAGGUCCUUAAAGACUUUGUUAGCAUCCUAGAAGACCUUACGUUCAACUCGCGCCCUAUCAUCACGAGCCUGACGAAGAUGGCGGAGGAAAAUAUCUCGUACGCACAGCAGUUCGUUGAUGCAGUAGAGUCGCGCAUUGCCAAGUGCGUUCCCAACCAGAAGCUGUAUGCCUUCUAUGCACUGGACUCAAUCUGUAAGAACGCAGGCUCGCCCUACACCAUCUACUUCAGUCGCAAUCUGGCCAAGAUAUACCGGCAGACAUACCUCAUCGUGGACAACGCCACGAGGACCAAGCUGAUUCUCAUGUUCAAGACGUGGAUGACGCCAUUGCCGACUGGCGAGCUUUUGUUUGACAAGGAUACCCUGGACCGAAUCGAGCAGUUCCUGAUCAAGGCCAGUUCUUUGCAUCAGAGGCAGGCACAAGCCAUGGCUCCGCCCCCGACGGUGCCGCAGUUACUGCGCGACAUUGACAAACUGACUUCAAUGACACAGGAGAGGUUAGGAAAGGAGCCAUCAGACUCCAAGCUACAGUCAAAGAUCAUUGUGUUGCAGCAGCUGAAGCAUGCUCUGCAAAAGGAGCGGCUGCCGCUGCAGGCGCUGCACCAGGUGCAGCAGCAGUUGCGGCAUAUCUUUGCACAAGAGCAGCAGGUUCUCUGGCAUCAACAGCACAAGGAGCAGCAGCUUCGCAAGAUGGCGCAGCAGCAGAUGCAGGUUUCCGCCCCCGUAUUCGAGCAUAGUGCGCCGCCAAUGAGCCAUUCAUUCGAGGGCUCCUCACUCUUUGGAAACGCAACACUUUCAAUGUCUUUCCUCGAUAGCAUAUCCUCCAGCAAUGGCUCCGCAGGGUCACAGUGCUCUAAUAAAGUUUCCAAAGUUGAAUCGAUCUAUAGGACGUUGAAACAGCAUAGGAUGUUGCAUGAACCAGGCGAACAAUCGGUGGUAAAAUUAGCAUCUCUACUUGAAAAAUCCAUGGGACCAGCUGACAACAUGCAACUACCACCUUUUUCUCUUUUACAGGAUAUACUCGGCAACGUGAGAGCUCACUAUGCAGUUCGGAAUAUUGAUAUACUCAACACUCCUAACCUGCAACUAUCGCAACAAUUCGUGAUGCAGAAAAAUAAUCCACUAACGGAGCAAUUGAUGCAUUUGCUGUACCGUUCCAAGCCGAACAAAUGUACCUCUUGCGGGGUGCGAUUUGGAACCAGCCAAACGGAACAUCAGAUGGAGAUUGAUCAUUUUGACUGGCACUUCCGGAUUAACAAAAGGAUUAAGGGUACGCAGUCAAAUAGUCAAGUCAUUGCAAAAAAUAUUCAGUCAAGAACUUGGUACCUUAAUGAUGAACAGUGGAUACUUUUCAAGGACGAAGAUAUUGUAUCCACCAACACAAAUAAUCCAGCAAUUAAUACUGUUGCGUUAGCAAUGAGCCAAACCACAACGGCCUCGGAAUCAGAAAACAAAGCCAAAAAUGAAUUGCAAAUUAGGAAAAAGUACGUUGUUGUGCCGGAUGGCGUUUCGGAUAUGUCGUUCCAGUGUUCCAUAUGUACCGAAGUCACCUCUGCCGUCUAUGAUGAAGAUCUGUCAGAAUGGGUGUGGCGGAACUGUGUUGGAUCUAACGGCAAAUAUUUCCAUGCCACUUGUUUUGAAGAAGCGUCAAAGAGUACCGCAGACUCCGGGGGAGCAUCAACCGGUAUUGACUCUGACUUGGAGCGACUAAAGGGGUUAGUAAAUAGUAAUAACAGUAAUGCAGAAUGA